UUGGUUUCUAAGUUUCAAGGCUCCAUCCCUCCACCGCUCCCGAGAGAGAUCGGGAACACUGAUCAGACUGCGAGGAGACGAAAGGAGCGAAAGAUGAGCGGCGGAGAUCUGCAGCUGCCACCGGGGUUCCGGUUCCAUCCGACGGACGAGGAGCUCGUGAUGCACUACCUCUGCCGGAAAUGCGCCGCCCUGCCCCUAGCGGUUCCCAUCAUCGCCGAGAUCGACCUCUAUAAGUUCGACCCCUGGCAACUCCCCGAGAUGGCGUUGUAUGGGGAGAAGGAGUGGUAUUUUUUCUCGCCGAGGGAUCGGAAGUAUCCGAACGGGUCGAGGCCGAACCGGGCGGCCGGGUCGGGGUACUGGAAGGCGACCGGGUUGGACAAGCCGAUCGGGACGCCGAAGCCGGUGGGGAUAAAGAAGGCAUUGGUGUUCUACGCUGGGAAGGCGCCCAAAGGGGAGAAGACCAACUGGAUCAUGCACGAGUACCGGCUCGCCGCCGUCGACCGGUCCGCCCGCAAAAAGAACAGCCUCCGGCUGGAUGACUGGGUGCUGUGCCGGAUCUACAACAAGAAAGGCAGCGCGGAGAAGGCGACGGGAUCGGACCGGAAGGCGGCCGGUUCGAGGAUGGCGGGGUGGCCGGAGCCUGAGCGGAAGCCGGUGUUCGUCCCGCACGUGCCGGAGCUCGUGCAUUUGGAGCCGGCGGACUCGAUGCCGAGGCUGCACACGGACUCGAGCUGCUCGGAGCACGUGCUGUCGCCGGAGUUCACGUGGGAGAGGGAGGUCCAGAGCCAGCCGCGGGCGGCGUGUAGUCAGUGGGAGAAGGCCCUCUACGUUCCGCUUAAUAACGAGGGUGCCACGGCUCCGGCCGGUGGCGUCGGGUUCUUCCCGCAGCUCGAACCGUGUUCGCUCGAACCCGGGUUCAGAGACCCGUUCCAAGACAACUUCAUGUAUCAGUGGAGGCCCUUCUGAAAGAGAGGCAGAGCGCGUUGCUAAAGGACACAGUUGUGGGAGUGUGUCAACUCGGAGUGACUCAGGCGAGCCGCCGUGGAAUUGGAGGACGUACAGCCGUCGGAUCAUGAUCGGAUGGAACUGAUGUGGAAGUGAUGUGGUGGCGAUGAGACCGUGUGGCUCCGAGUCGUGCGUGGGGGUCGGGUGGGUUACUGGGUUGUGGAUGUUUGUGUAAAUUUACAUUGGUCAGUAUAGCGGGCGGUUAACGGCCGUCGACAAAGAAAAUUUUGUCUGGUUGGGGUUUUAUUAGUGUUAUAAAAAUUACAGGUCAUUACUAAAGAAUAUAUGCCAUUGUCCGGAUGAUGUUGGUGUGGAUUA